CCUCACAAAACUCUCGUGUCUUGUUUUUUAGAAUUGUUUUGAAAUAAUAUAAUAUUGAUGAAUUAACUUUUUGAAAAGAAAUAAUAUGGGUGACACCGAAGAAUACUUUCCACGAGGGGGUAAAAAGCCAACAGUUACUUAUUUUAAGCCAAGCAGCAACUUUUUAGGAGCAGCUGAGAAAGGUGAAAGAAAGAAAAAGAAACCAAAAAAGAAUAGAGAUCCUGACGAUGGGUACUUAUCAGAUGAAACUAAAAAGGAUUUCGACCAUUCAUACAAAAAUUGUUCAUCUCGGCUCACUUACAAGACUAUUAAACAGGGUGUGCUCAUAUUGGGCAGAGUGUCACAAGUGCAUGAGACCAAAGUGACAGUGGCCCUGCCGGGUAAAAUGACAGGCACCGUGAUGGCAUGCCACAUCAGUGAACCUUACAAUAAGCUGCUUGAAGCAUAUGUCAAUGACCAGACAGACAAAGUGAAAGAACUGUCAGAAAUGUUCCGGCCCGGCCAGUAUGUGAUGCUGAAAGUGUUGGAGGUGGAGAACAUGAAGCUGAUGCUGUCCAUGAUGCCACAGCAUAUCAACAGUGGACGCUCACACUCAGACCUCAGCAAAGGUGAUCUGCUACAAGCGGCGGUCGUGUCCGUGGAGGACCACGGUUAUUUGAUGGACUUGGGCAUCCCCAACACGAGGCCCUUCCUGCCCAAGAAACAUGUCAACACAGAAGUGGAACUUGAUGUAGGCGUCUUGACGUGGUGCUGCGUGAAGUCUGUGGAUGCUUCACCGGACAAUAGCAUAGUGAAGUUGAGCAAUGAACUGUCAGCGAUACAGCGCUGCGCGCCGCGGCCGCGUCCAGCGCUGCAGCUGCUGCCCGGAAUGGCACUCGACUUCACCGUUCAUAAGCCGUUAGAUAACGGCAUCGAGGGCCACGUACUGAAUGAAACCACAGCGUACAUACAACGCGACCACGUCGACAAAGUUAAAGGAAAAAAACCAGCCCUCGGACAGAAGAUCCGCGCUCGAGUACUCUACGUGGUGCCAAUACGUAAAACACCCUUCCUGACAAUGAAAGAUAUAUUUGCAACCACCUACCCUGAUCUCCGAGAGGAGCAGAAGCUGAAGGACGGGGAGAUUGUAGAGGAAGCGCAGGUCAUCAAAAUAAUGGGACGAUCGGUCCACUUCAAGCUGGGGCCCGGCUGUAUAGGCGCCAUGAGCCUCAAGAGUAUCCAGGUGGACGAGAACUUGGCAGACGAGGAUAUAGUCGCCAAGUCAUAUCCUGUGGGUAGCUGCCAUAAAGUGAGGGUGAUUUCGUACAACCUGUGCGACUAUUCGUACAGUGUGAGCGAUCAGAGCGCGUUGCUCACUGAGAAGUACUUCAGUUUGGAGCAGCUCACCGUUGGGGACCUGGUCUCCGGGACCGUGACCUUAGUCGCAGAUGACCACAUACUGGUCAAUGUGGGCAGGGUCAGAGGUUAUGUGCCGUAUACACAUAUGUCCGACGCCGGUAUGUUCGUCGACCCCAAGAAGGCCAGCGCGUCGAAACUGGCCAAAAAGAAAUUUAAGGAGGGUCAAGAAGUGAAUGCGCGCGUGUUGCUCGUAGACCUGGAGGCGCGCAAGCUGCUACUGACACUGAAACCUUCGCUGCUGGCACCAGAUCUGCCGAUAUUGAAGAGUUAUGAGGAGGCGGAAGUGGGGAAAUCUUACACUGGCUGUAUCAGAGUGACUCGCGACUACGUGCUGGUGGUGUUCUUUAACAAUGUGAUGGCGCUGGUGCCGCGCCAUUACGUCACCAAGGACCCCAUAGACAACAUACGUGAUGCAUUCCACCCAGGACAGAUUGUAAACUGCACAAUCAUCAGGGUAUCGCCGGAGGACAAGAAAAUGGUCGCAAGCUUCACGACGCCACCGUUCACUGCGAGUCAACCACGCGAAAAAAGAGAAAAACGUAAAGCACAAUCUGAAAUCACAGAUGAUCAUGAGGUACCUAAAAAGAGGAGGAAGUCUAUCGAUGGUGAAAUAGAAGUAACAGAUACAAAGAAGAAAAAGAAGAAACUUGAGAAGAAUGCAACUGAGGAGGAAGUUACAGAACCGAAACAGAAAAAGAAAGAUAAAAGUAAAGAACAGGAAAACGAAUCGGCUAGUGAUCAUAUAGAAACAGACGUCAACGAUGAAGAUAAUGAAGAAGAAACGAAUGCAUCUUAUGAAAUGGAAGUAACGUUGUCGACUCAAGACUACGAAUUGAUGGAUCUGUCUAACUGCAAUGACAUAAAGAGAUGUAAAAAACGUUCUGCGUCCCUGUUAAAAUGUAUAAAAGCAAGAAAUAUGAAAAUAAAAAGAAUAGAGCAGAAACUAGCUAAAAUAGAAGCGAAGGGAUUGAAUGCUAAAAACAAAGUGUACCAUACGGCUAUGCACGCUGAUAUGUUGGUUGUACAGGAACGGAAAAACAAAUUGUUAGAUACUUUGAAAUCUGUUAAAGAUAAAAUUAGAGAGUUAAGUACCCAAAAGAAAAUGAAAAAAGCAGUUAAAGAAAGUAUAGCUGAAGGAGACGAAGACAAUAAAACAGAAUUGGAUGGUAAUAAAGAAAAGAAACGGAAAAAGAAGGAAGAAGCAAUAGAAGACGAUGUAAAUAAAAAAGACGGGGAAAAGAAAAAGAAACGAAAAAAAUCGGAGAUACAAGUGGUGGAAAGUUUAGAGCCAGUUUUAGAAGCGCCGAGCGCAAAGGAUUUCUGGUCGACGACUGCCACGUAUGUAAAUAAUGAGGUCAACGAUGAUGAAGAUCUGAGCAGCAGUGAUGAUGAGCAAAAGGAACAACCAAAAAAGAAACGUAAGAAGCUGACUGUGGCGGAGAAGCUGGCCAAGGUGCGUGAUGAAGAGGAACGAGUGCGGGACAUGGAGCGGAGGGCCAUCGAGAGCGAGGCCCAGCCGCGCUCCAGCGAGCAGUUCGAGCGCGCGCUGCUGGCGAACCCCGACUGCAGCCAGCUCUGGAUCGCUUACAUGGCAUUCCAUCUACAGGCCACGGAGAUCGAUAAGGCGCGCGCUGUUGGACGCAAGGCGUUGUCGACGAUCUCAUUCCGGGAGGAGCGAGAGAAGCUGAACGUGUGGAUCGCUAUGCUCAACGUUGAACAUAGGUUUGGUACCCAGGAAUCCCAACAGAAAACGUUAGAAGAAGCACUCCAAAUGAACGAGCCGUUCACGGUUCACUCGAAAUUGUUGGAUAUCUAUGUGGAGACCAGCAAACAGCAGGAGCUAGUGUCAUUAGUAGACUUGAUGAUGAGGAAGUACAAACGGCAACCGGACGCGUACAUACAGGCCGGCGGCGCCUGCUACAAACUCGGCCUGGUGGAUAAGGCCAGGCAGGUUAUGCAGAAAGCAAUCAGUAUACUGGAGAAGAAAGAGCACGUGUCGGUACUAGUGCAGUUCGCGUUGCUGGAACGGUUGUCGGGCAGUCGCGAGCGCGCUGAAGCACUAUUCGAGCAGGUGUUGGCCGUGUACCCGCAGCGUGUUGAUGUCCUCUCAGCGUACGUCGACAUGUUAGUCAAAGGCGGUGAUGUCGAACAAGUGCGGCAAGUCAUGGACCGUAUGACGUCACAGAAGCUACCGGCGAGAAAAAUGAAAAUUGUUUAUAAGAAAUGGAUAGAAGUUGAAGAGAAGAUAGGAGAUCAAGAACAAGUAGAAAGGAUACGUCAACGAGCUCUAGAAUAUGUAGAGAAAGCUCAGUUUUAAGUUAAAUAAA